AUGGACAUUCAAGAAGCAUUAAAGGACAUCCUGUACGGUUCCAUUGCCGGAGCCGCGGGCAAGGUCAUUGAAUACCCCCUUGAUACAAUCAAAGUGCGGUUACAAACACAGCCCGCACACUUGUUUCCCACUAGCUGGUCGUGUAUAAAGUAUACUUAUGCAAACGAGGGAUUCCUAAAGGGUUUUUAUCAAGGUGUGUCAUCGCCGCUAGUCGGCGCUGCGCUGGAGAACGCAGUAUUAUUUGUGACGUUUAAUAGGGCGCAGAACUUUCUCAAGCAGUACGAAUCGCUGUCGCCGCUCUCGCUAACUGUCUGGUCAGGUGCGUUUGCUGGUGCUUGUACCAGUUAUGUGCUCACUCCCGUUGAGCUUGUCAAGUGCACGUUGCAGGUUUCGAAUUUGAAGAACUCCAAGACCAGUCACUCUAAGGUAUGGCCUACCGUCAAGCAUAUCGUCUCGCAAAACGGCAUCUCGGGACUAUGGCGAGGCCAAUCGAGCACAUUUAUCAGAGAAUGUGCAGGUGGAGCGGUAUGGUUUACCACCUAUGAAAGCGUCAAGCAGUACCUAGCCAAUAAGAGAAAUGAUACGGAGAACCAAACCUGGGAACUCCUUACUGCCGGUGCCUCAGCGGGAGUUGCUUUCAACGCAAGUGUUUUCCCAGCUGACACUAUCAAGUCCACUGCCCAGACCGAACACCUUGGAAUUGUCAAUGCCACAAAACGAAUCCUGGCAAGAAACGGACCAGCAGGGCUCUACCGCGGGCUCGGAAUAACACUCAUAAGAGCAGCUCCAGCCAAUGCCGUAGUUUUCUACACCUACGAGACGCUUUCGAAUUUAUAG